AAACGCGCGAGCACGCGUUGUACCGCGUUACCGCUGAGUUACCGGCCAUUGGAGAGUUGUGUUCUGUUUGGGUUCGUGUGUAUACGGAUUGGAAGUUACACGCUGAAAGAAGUUGAUUACCUGACCAUUACAUCAUUAUGAAGCAGACACGGAAGACUGUCACCACAACUUACUCUUCCUCAUCAGGAGGUGGAGGUGGAGCUGGAGGAGAAGAAGCAGGCACGAGCUUCAGCAGCUCGUCGUCGCAAAGCCGACGUUCAGGAGGAUUAGGCCGCCCGCCAUCACCGGCCCGACUAUCAAGAAUUCAAGAGCAAGAGGAACUUCAAGGUUUGAACGAUCGUCUUGCUGCGUAUAUCGACAAAGUAAGAAGCCUUGAAGCUGAGAAUAGUCGUCUUGCUCUACAAGUUCGCUCAACAGAAGAAGUCGUGAAGAGAGAAGUCACCAGUGUGAAAACACUCUACGAAUCGGAACUUGCUGAGCUACGCAGAUUGUUGGACGAAACAUCAAAAGAAAAGGCCCGAUUGCAGAUCGAAGCAAACAAAUACAAGACGGAUUAUGAAGAUCUUCUCGCAAAAUACAACAAGAGAGAUCGUGAUGCCAAUGCUUUGGAGCGCCGUGUUCAAGUGCUAGAAAGGCAGUUGGCUGAGUUCAGUGCCCGUGACUUUGAGAAAGAGAAUCAGAACCUGAAGAAUGAGCUGAACAGACUGGAGCAGCAGCUGGCAGCAGCCAAGAAACAGCUGGAGGAAGAAACACUGCUGCGUGUGGACCUUCAGAAUCGGGUGAAGACACUCAAGGAGGACUUGCACUUCAAGAGCCAAGUUUAUGAACAGGAACUGGAAGAAUCUCGCGUCCGCACCACAACCCAGCUGGAAGAAGUUGAUGGCAGAAUUGAACAGGAGUAUGAGGCACGACUACAGGAUGCCCUCAGGGAAAUCCGUGCCCAACACGAUUAUGACUUGCAGUCUGUCAAAGUGGAACUGGAGACUCUUUAUGAGAGCAAGGUUGAAGAUCUGAGGAACCAGCUUGAACGCAACAGUCAGUCGUCCAGUGCUGCCUGGGAGGAACUGAUGCUGGCCCGCAGGAGUGUGGAUGAUCUCUCUGCUGAAAUUGGAAGACUGAAAUCUGAGAAUGCAGGCCUUGAUCUGCGUGUGAAGGAUAUAGACAAGCAGCUGGAGAGAGAACGUGAUGAAUUCCGCCUGAGGAUGAAGCAGCGAGAUGAAGAGAUCAGCCGCCUCCGUGCUCAAGUGGAGGAACUGGAGAGAGAGUAUGCUGCCCUGCUGGAGAUCAAGAUCAAACUAGACAGGGAAAUUGAGGCUUACAGGAAGCUGUUGGAGUCAGAGGAGACCAGAUUGAACAUUUCAGCUUCUAUGACAGAGCAGCGUUCAAUGACCACAGCUUCAUCAUCAAGUGGUGGCAGAAAGCGCAAGAGGAUGGACAUUGGCCAGGCGGUUGAAGAGUACACACAGCGCACUGCUUCCAGUGGUUUCUCCAGGUCUGCUACUUCCUCCUGUGGAGUGGAUAUCAGUGAUGUCGACACGGAUGGCAAAUUUGUCAAGCUGACCAAUACCACCGACAAGGAUGUACAUCUGUUUCACUGGCAAAUCAGGCAUGUGUCAGGGGACAACGAGACCCGCCACAAGUUUCAAAAGAAUGUCCUGAAAGCAGGCCAGACCAUCACAGUGUGGAGUGCUGACUCAGACCAGACCCACAACCCACCCAGUGACUUGGUGAUGAAGGGCAAGCGUUGGUUUGUCAGUGGUGACAUGACAACAACUUUGUUGGAUCAAGAUGAGACAGAGGUUGCUUCUUGUUCAAUGAGCAGAAAUAUAGGCAGUGUGGCUUCCUACAGCACCAGACGACGAGGACCCCGGGAUGAGUUGGAUGGGGAAGAGCUUCAAGACAAGGACAAGUGUUUUGUCAUGUAAAGAUUGAGGAGAGGAAACGAGGUCACUUCGUCUAUAUAUGAUUUAUAUGUUAGCCUCAGAAUGCAUUCGGUGUAAUUCUUAUCAAAUAUUUUAGCAAAAUUAAUUUAUGGAAUAAUCUGGAAGAGUAAGCACUUGUGAAAACUAUUGGUUUGUACUUGAGCAGGGGAAAAGCUCUGGGGGGAAUGGAGCAUGCGUCUGAUUAAAAAAAUAAUGUGAAACCAGGUUUUAAGAAUUUUACUAAGGGUCCCUUAAGAAAGCUAAGACAAAGUACAGUUCAUGGUUUGACCCACCGGUCUCUCAAGUAUAGAAGUUAUAACACAUUUGUUUUGAGAAUGCUGAUGCCUCUCACACUAGAAAUGGGGAAAUAAGUUAAGCACAAAUACUGAACUUUUGUUCUCUGUCUUGCCGAACUAAUAAGGAAUUUUUAGCACUGUGUACCAAUUGACAUUUCUUUUAUAAAGAUGUAGUUCUUGUCGUCAUAAUUUGUGAAGCCAUACUCAUUUUUCAGUGGCAAUGAAGAGCAUCACUGGGUUUUUACUUUGUAAAUCUUUUCAAACAAACAUUCUUGUCAUGUCUUAAGUUAGUGUAGUUCAGAAGAUUUUUCAUCUACUCGUACUCAUUCGUAUACAUGUUAUGACAUGAAAACAAAAUGAAAAAAAAAAAGCAAGUAAUAAAAAGCUGAUUGUUAAAACUUGAUGACAGUGUGCGUUUUUUGUUGAAAUUUAGUCUAGAAGAUGUAUUGACCUUUCAGUGGAGAAUUUUAUGUAUAUUGGACUGUAUUUACCCGUGACUGGAAUUUCUCAUAUGGUUAUAUUUUCCCAUAGUCAAGAAACUUUGAAUUAAAAGUCAUAAUGUUCAAGACAGUUGAAAUGGCGACUGAUUUUAAAUUGCUGGUUAGUGAAUUUUAAGUGUUUUCAGUGCUUGGAGAUGGACAGUUAUCUGGGGGAAAAUGUGGAAUGCACUUGGCAACAGCAGUAGAUCAGUCUUCUGAUGAAACUGCUGUAGUUUUGUGUAAAUGUGAUUCUCUCCAUUUGUCCUUCCAGCGACCACUCAACUGUUAUUUUACUGAGAAGUGCCAAGACAAUUAUGUUGCAGUGGUGAUUUUGAUUGCAAGGGUCCACAUGAUUCUGAUAAUCAAAUAUUGCUGUGAGAAUGAUUCCAUCUCUGUGAAUGUAAAUGAUAUUUGCAAAAUCGAAUUCAAUUCCUGAAAAGGUUGUGGAAAUUUGUUCCUUAAUGUUGUUUCUUUUGUUUCUUUGCAAGCUAGAGGCACAGGUUAAAAAAAACAAUUUUUUUAAAGCCUCAAGAGCUUGUCUGCUUUUGUGUGUAUUUCUGACAUGACUCACCAUUUCCUUUAUAGUGAAUUUUAAUCAUGAGGGAAGAAGUCUGAGGAUUUGAUCACAUUAUGGGGGGGGGGGGGGGGGGUCUGUUUUGCUAGGUGGGAGAAACAUUCAUAAGUUCACCCUUUCUUUCCUUUUUUGUGUUGGUCACAUCAUAUUCAUGCACGUUUUGACUCCAUUGUGUAGACAUCACAGUCACAUUAUUCUGUAUUGCUACCUUAAUAUCUCCAACUUUCUAUGCCAUGUACUUACCAUAGCACUAGUUAGUACGGUUGUGUUGUUAUGGUUAUAGUUUCAUACAGAUGGAAAUUGAUUUCUGAGAACAGAAGUGAAUAAUUGUAAAGGUUUCCUUUAAUGGGUGGUGAUGAAAGAUACGUGAAUGCAUUUUUAGUUUGACAGAUGGUAAAGGGCCUUGUGUGUUUUCUGUAUUCGCCCAGAGUAAAAAGUUUCAGUACUGUGAGGUCAUUUAUAGAUCUUUGUGCACAGACAGUUUCAAAGAGCUCUGUCAGAAAUACCAGUUCCUAAGUCUUGUAGAAGAUGGUGGUUGUGUCAACCAUUAACUUGAUCUGAUCAUUGUGCAAUGCUUUUUCUAGAGUGUGAAUUUUAUUUGCAUUUCUGCUUCAUGAGAUUAUCACUUUUUGUGUCCGUGUUCCUGUAGCAAACUAAAGGUUUAUGCUCUCUUAUUCUUAUAUUUCAUAGUUUCAUCCUCCAUUGCAACAGUGAUUCCUGCCUUCUGAAAAAAAUGUGAACCUUUUUUUUUUAUUCAUAAGAUUGAAGUAAUUACCUUGGUGCCUAAAAUAUGUUACUAGCGUGAACAGCCAAAUCUUGUAUAAGUACUCAAAAGUAUCCACCAUCCUUCAUAAAUCAUUCUAGGUGAUCAUAAACUCUCUCUUCAUCAUACUGAUCUUUCCACUUGUGCGGGAGGAAUACCAUCACGUUCAGUUAUUGUCUGGAGCGUUUAAUUGAUAGAGGGCCCAGUCCACCUUUUCUGAUUGUCAGCAUAAUUUUAAUUUUGAAAUUAAGUGUGGAUUCCUUUUUGAGGAAGUCAAUACUAGAUAGUAUAGUACUAGUCAAUACUUGAAAACCAAUACGGUAGGGAUGAAUUUUUGGUACAGUGUACAGCAUUUGCAAUACAUUUUAAAAGUUCACUUUGCUUUCAAACUCUUGUCGACUGAAAAGUCAACUCUGAAUUGAUGGGUACAGUGAAUAGGUGUGUCCGCACACCUUCUUUAUGUCUACUACUAUCACUCCUUUUUUGUUAUGAUCUGAUUGCGAGCAUGUGCAUGAAGUACUUUGAAUGAAUGAAGUUAUCUGCAAGAAAAUAAUACAAAUUGAGAGAUGGAUAUUUGUUUGUUGCAAGAGUUUCUCACUUGCAUGAAUGCUGUGUUUUUUAGGGGUGAGCUUUUUGAUCUCUACUGCUUUGUUAGAAUUUUUUAUCAUUUCCUGGUGUACAUGAUAUCUUUCUGUGUGUUUGUGUGUGUGUGGACUAUCCUUCUCCACAUAUUUACUUUGACCAAGUUUCUCUUGAUGAGAAACGAUGUAAUUGGGCAGUGCUUUUCACGCCUGGUUGUCCCAUAUCAAAGAAGUGCAUUUUGAGCGAUGCGCUGAGGUGGUAAUUGUUGGCUUCCCACUUCUUUUACUUACAAAAAUGUAUGUUUCUGCUGAAGUGCCUGACGUGGGGUUGGUGCCGAGCUGUACAUGCCUUGUGGCAAUUGCUGUACAAACAACAAAUUGUUCCUUUCUGCCUAGUUUGUGAGUCCAGGACAACUACGCGGUUGAUUCUUAACUUCCAUCUCACUUAUAGUUGAGGAGAAACACCUUGAUUUUUGUCUGCCGUAGGGAUUUCUUUCGUUUGGAAUUUGGAAAUCUAUAAUGACCUAGACACUGCCAAUUCUUGGACGACUAGGGAGAUUGUGGAGACUGGGGUGUUAGUAGAGGUAAAGGAAAUAAAUUGAAGCCUGUAUACAUAAUAUUAAAAUAUAAACAUUGUAGAAGGCAGCAGUUUUUAUGUAUACCCGGUUAUGAUCACCUAAUUCAUGUAACUGUUUCAUCUUUGUUACUGUUAUUCAUUGUGAAUUUCCUGUGACUUUGAGUAAUCAUUGAGUAAUCCUCCAAGCUUUUGUACAGUCAGCAGCAGACUGUUCAUCCCUUCUUGAAGGUUGCUGUUUUUACAUUUUUCCAAAUAAGGAAUGAUGACUUCAGUGUAGAUUUUCAGGUUUAAAAUGUUCAGCACUCUGAGAGCUCAUUUAUGUUACCUGUGAGUUGCUUUUGUAGGUUUCUAUUUAGUGCUUGUAGUAAUAAUAAUACUCUUGUGUUCUCUUCUUGUGCUUGUAAGGUACCCAGUUCCUCCUCGUAACCUUUAACCUUUGAUUAGUAGCAUUGUCUGGUGUGGGGUUGAAUUUGGGCUGUUUCCGCCAACUGCUUUUGUCAUCAAUGUUUCAUGCAUACAUAUAUAUAUUAUAGUGUUUUUGACACUAAUUUCUUGUCUAUAGACGUGAGGGGAAAAGCAAAAUUUAUUCGAAGGGCUGUCGGGUGGCUAAAGCUGUGUGCUGAAAGUUUUCUAAUUAGAAUUAGAGCAGCGCAUCAAAUCUGUUUCAUGGCUGCGUCCAUCACAUGCACACCCAUAUAAUACUUCUUUGGGCCAUGUUUAAAUUGUGUUAGACAACAGUGACCAAAGGUUUGAAGAACCUUUCCUCGGACAGAUCUCCCGCGUUAUGUUUUUGGUGUUUUGCCGUAGUGGAAGACUUUAGAUUAUUUCAGUAUCUUAGCUCCUGUCUGAUAGUGAUUGAGACAGUGCUGUAGGAAUGCAAUCUUGGCGGAAACUUCCCUCACUUUUGCUUGUAGGAUCUCUGUUAAAAUAUUUCAGUUCACUUAUGUUAGCCUGAGCUUUCUCAUUUUCUUUUGUUCUUGUUUGAAGUAAAGCUUUGAGCUGCUUUAAGUGGCCUGAAUCAACACAAAAAAAAGUCUGUGAUAAUGAACAUUGGUACUAAAUCUCUCAAUCUUUUGCUGAAGGGGUGUUGAUUGUCAAUAACACCAAGUCUGUCUUGUGUUGAUAUUGCACUUUGGAGUUCUACUGUGCCUCAAGGGUGUUUUUUAACAAGUGUGUUAUCAAUGUCAAGUAGAGACAAAGGGAUGGAAAAAAAUGUGGGUUUGUUUGACUCACGAUUUUGUGAAGAAAUGCACCGAGUUUGUGCACAGGUUUAAGUAAGCUGGCUUUUUCAUGGUAAUUGAACAGUUUCUUGUCUGUGCGACAUUCUAACAAUUAUUAACUUUCCAUUGAUUGAAACUGAAUCGCAUUUCACAAGGGAACAUCACUCAGGGUUUCUUUUUUGGGUUUUCUUUUGGACCCAUUGAGUUGAAAUAUUUCCACUGUGGGUUUUUCAACCCCACAAAGGACUUAUGGCACCUCAAGCAUUUACUGUUGGUCUUUUCUUGUAUCUAUCCCUUCACUGAUUUGUUUUUCAUGCUUUAUAUUCAUAAUAUAAUACAUCAUGUACACAUAUAUAUAUAUUACAGUACCAAGCUUUCAUAAACUUUUGUAGAUUUAGUUUUUUUAAGGGCAUUUUUUUUGUGUGCAAAAUUCUCAUUUUGGGAAUAUUAAGGAUUUUUUUUUGUCCUCUCCCCAAGUAAAAAAAAAAAGAAUUAUCUGGCUUAAACUAAAAUGUGUAUUUUCUGUGUCCGUUUUGAUUUACCAUACUUGAAUCAUCACAUUUAGGAAAAUAAGAGAAUGAGCCCUUGGAAAUGACACAUUUACUUCUCGUUUCUUGCAAUAAUAAGCUCUUUUCUUGCUUGCAUUUUGUUCCCAUUUAUUAUUGAUCUUUCAGCUGACGCUAAUUUUGUUAACUCUUUAUCAUUAUAAUAACCGUCUUUGUACUGAAUAAACACAAAAUGCUCUGAA